UGUACACUGUGAAACGUCAAUAUGAGUGACGUGUUCUGUCGGGAGCAAUUCUACUUGCCGGCGCCUCGUCUUUUCGUUAAGCGCUUUUCAUCAUCUUUAUCGCCACUCAGUUUUGUCUUCCGGAAGUCAGACAAUCACCCAUUGGGAUUCCUCAGACUGCCUCAGACUCAGUAGAAGUGCCCAAAAUGACUCAGCGAAACAAGAAGGGUCGAAAUCAGUUGUUUAAUGAGGAGAUGAAGACUAUUUAUCUGGAUUCUGACGAUGAAUCUGAUGAGGAAACAUUUAGGAUUGGUCAGGUUAUUCGCCAGCCGCCAAUGAUCGAAAUCCCAGCCGACUCCAGUAUUGUGAUUGAAGUGGACAGUCAAGAUGAUAUCCAAAACAUCACAAAGCCGCCAGAUCCAAGUAUUGAUUUGGUAAAACGAUCGAAUCUCUCCGAAUUCGCCAGGAAGUUCGUGGAAAAAUAUUUCCCAGACAAGCAAGCGAGAGAUGAAUUCCGGGAGUACUUCAUCACACUAUUUUGCAAUAUUUACUUAAGAAGUCCCACCUCCAGACGAUGCCCAGAACUCAGGUUCGACACUCUCAGAGUCAAUCCGCCGCUACUGGCUCCCAGAGAAGAGAAACUGUUCAAGAGGCUCAAGGGUUUCAUCACGCCUUGCAAAGUUGAUCUUUCGCAAGCGAAUGUGCUUUACUCGGUUGAGAAGAGGAUUUACAAGAGAUAUCGCAGAAGAUGUCCUCUAUCCAGAGAGUCCAUGCAAUUCAUCCUGCCGGAAACUCUUGCAAAAAUGACUCUCGAUUAUGUGCGCCACAUUGUGCCGAAUGUUGAUCUCAUCUUGAAGCAAGCGAAACAACACUCAGGAAUUAAAGCUCGCGAACAGAGCAUUAAGAAGGUGGUGGACAAUCUCUUUGAGCUCCUCGAUGAGUUGACGCCUGAGAAGCAGACCCAAACACCUGAUCAGGAAGAGGAAGAGCAAGUGCAAGGCGUUCCAGUAAUUGAUGUAGAAUGUGAGCUUGAUGCGUUAACUCAUGGACCAAACACCAUCGAAAUGAACAGAAAUGUAAACCCACCAGAGGAGACACCAAAGAUAUAUCGGCCACCACCGCAGCGUCUUGAGAUCCUAAGCGAUCGCUUCAAGAGUACACUGCAUCGGCUCUCCGAGGAACGAAUCAUAAAAAUGCUCCUCACUGAAGACAGACUGGAGUUCUUAGUUGAGAUCGAAACUCCUCUCGGCUGGCGAGAGAUCAUGAUCCACGGAGAGGAUAUUCAAAGAUUCCUGAACAUACCGACUGAUAUUUGGAAGAGAGUCAGCGACAUUCUUGGCGAAAUUUACAAAUUAAAGAGUGAUGGAAAGCUGACUGCGAACACAGAACUCUUGAAGGCGUUCGCCAGAUCAUUUUCCACGAAAUUAUUAAUGUAUAAGAUGCCAAAGAUAAAUGCACCGAAGCGUUUCUACACUAUCCUCGAGUGCGAUGUAAAUGGUGAUAAUCAAAUUGAAAUAGAAUCUUUGCCAUCUUCCUCCACUUAA